UCUACGUGGUGAGGAGUGGAACCAUCCUGAUUGUGCACCGAUCACCAUGGUUGACACCCGUACUGGGCUAGAGACUAACCCCUAUAGCAAGGAGCAGCAAAAAAAGAUGGCCGCCUUAGUCAGAGAGAACAAGGACAGAAAAGAGCGCGAGAAGCGGGCGAAGCUAAAGGCUAUCGCAGAUGAGCAGGUGGCGAAGAUGAAGAGGUUGGAGGAGGAGAUGAAGAGGGUACAACAGGAGGAGAAAGAAAGAAGGAAGGCUGGUGAAGCAGAAGCGGCAGCAGAAGAAGAGAAAGAGAGAAUGAGAAUUGAGAGUGGGGAAGGAAGUAGUGGUGGCACGAUGAAGUGGGAGACAGAUACUGAGCUGGAGAAGAAGAUCAGCGAGUGGCUCGCUAAUUUAUCAUUGGGGGAAGACGAGGAGGCAAAGUCGUAUGUGACUAAGGAUGAGAAGGCUGCACUGGCCGCCGAGUUAGCAGCCAUGACGGACCCGAUGGAACGAAGAGAGAGGGAAGACGAGCAAAAGUUAGCAUGGAAGCUGAGAAUGAAGAGGGAGAAGAAGAGGAGGAGAGUGGAAGUGAAUAAGAUGACCGCAGCAGUGGCAAAGGUGUAGGAGUGUAGAGCGGAGGUGCUGGCCCAGCCUGGCCCAGCCAGAUGAUAAGGCCAAGUGGGACAAAGUACUGAGCUAUCGAGAG